AUGGAAGAUGAAUUUGAUAUUGUUACAUGGACAAGGUUAGUUUUUUUUUCAAUAUUUUUGUUUUUUUGAGUUAAUGAAAGAAUAAUUUGCAGGUUGAAUGGUGUGAUAAAUAAAAUAAGGAAUACGGAACAACAAUUAGAAAUAUUAAAAUCACAAUUCAAUGAUGAUUUGCCUACAAGUUGUAAUUAUGCGGCGUCUAUACUUGUAAGUUUACUCAUUUUUAUUCGAAAAAUCAAUCAAUAAAAAUAAAACUCAAACAAUGAGAGAUAAUUAUGAAAUUUCCAGGCAUCAGAAAUGGAAGUGCGACAAACUUGUAUAAACAAAUUGAGAAAACGAAUAGAUUGUGUUCAAAAAUUGUAUAUAUCAAAAAGGCGAACAAUGCAUGAAGUACAUGAUAAACUUGCCAAAAAACAAGUGGAUUUUGAUAAACUUGUUGAGAAAAAUGAAACGCUGGUUGAGAAAUUAGUUGAAAAUAAUGAGCAAAUGGAGAAAUUGAGGUGAGAGAGUUUAUGAAAGAAAUUAUUUGAAAAGCUUUUGAAUCUUUAUAUCUUGAAAAACGAACUUUUGAUAGAAGUUUUCAAGAUGUUCAGCUUUCUUCUUCAAAAAACUUUCAACAAAGAUUGUUUUUUAGAAAAACAAAUCUAAUACAAGUUCGAUUGAUCUCGUUCCGAAAACUAUAUCUAAUCCAAGAAAUCGUGGAUCUUUUCAAAAUUGACAUUGAUGGAGGUCCGGCAUCAAAUCAACCAAGAAACACACAAAGUGAUUGUAAAUGUGUGCUGAUUGAUACAAUUAGAAGUCUUCAUUUACCGCAAAUCGCCAGUGUUCAAGGUAAUUUUUAGUGCGAGUAAUUCUUAAAAACGUAACAUUUUCAGUCGCUGGUCAUUCUGAAAUUGAAACAACAUCUGCUGUUGGUUAUGUUGUUCAAGUAUUAGAUGCGAUUUCAAUGGUUUUGGAUUAUCCACUUCGAUAUCCGGUGAUUUGCGGAUCUUCUACAUCGAAGAUUUUGUUUCCUAUAGAAAAUAUGAGGUGAGUGAGGUUUUUGGAUCAAAACAAAACAUGAACUGUUCAAAAAAUCAUCUCAAAUAUUUCUAGAGCUGCUCAACUGUACAAUUGGAAAAAACGGCUGGACCGUGACAAAUUCCAAGAGGGUCUCGUAUGGUUUGGCAAAAACAUUGCGCAACUACGUGGUGAUUGUGGCAUCCCAACACCACACGCCGAUAAAACGCUAUCAGUUUUGGCUGACUGGGUCAGAUCAAUAAAUGGAGGGUAAGUGUCCCAAGUAUCUCAAGAAAAAACAAUGAUUGUGUUAUUAUUAUUUGGUUUUUAGUUUCAGAAGAUAUGUAUGUAUUUAUGAACGACCAACUGCAAGUGUCACUAGUCCAGCUUCGCUUCUAAUCAAUUAUGAAUAG